AUGGAUAGUAUACAGGCCCUCCUCUCUGCCCUCGACGUGUUCGCCCGCGCACCAGACAAGGUGUCCCUGGAAAACGCAAAUAGUUGGCUUCAGGACUUUCAGCAUUCUCCCGAGGCCUGGUCGACUUGUAAUGUCCUCCUCCUCUCCCCUGAUGCCCCUAUAGCCGCGAAAUUAUUCGCUGCCCAAACUUUCCGCUCCAAGGUCACCUACGAUCUUCACCAAGUCAAUGCCGCCAAUCUUCUUCCGUUGCGUGACACUCUGAUCACAGCAUUAGACAAGUAUCACGUCGGUCCAAAGGCCAUAAUCACCCAGCUCUGUCUCGCUCUUGCAGGUUUGGCUUUACAGCUCCCUGCAUGGGACAACGCCGUCCAGACCAUGAUCGAGACAUUUGGGCCAAACCCGGCCACCGUCCCUGUCCUCUUACAAUUUCUUAAAGUUCUUCCCGAAGAGUUGACUAGCAACACGAGAAUACCUGUCACUGAUGACGAGUACCGUGACAGAUCCGCCAAGAUUCUCACGGUAAACUCCAGACGAGUUAUUGAUCUCUUGUCCAUGUACAAUAAUGCAUCUGGUGUUACUCCCGCGGUGCAAAACCAGAUAUUCGAGUGCUUACGCACGUGGACCAUAGCUGGAGAGGUCGAUAUUAAAGCCUUUUGCAAGUCUUUGCUCUUCGACGGCGUCUUUGAAGCGUUGGCGUCGGAUGAACUUUUUGAUUCGGCUGUGGACGUUAUCUGCGAGCUGAUUCACGAGACGCAGGAAGCGGAUGAUAACAUGUCUGUCAUCGAACUCAUCGUUCCGCGGAUCAUUGCCUUGAGACCCAAGCUCGAAGAAUGUAAAGAUGAUCCCGAGAAAAUUAGGGGGUUCGCGCGGAUCUUCGCAGAGGCGGGGGAGACAUAUCGGCUUCUAAUUAUCCGUCACACUGAGACCUUUUACCCAAUUGUCGAAGCUAUUGGUCAAUGUUCCGCCUACCCGGAUUUGGAUAUCGUUCCUAUUACGUUUCCCUUCUGGAUGCGUCUGGCUCAGACUAUUGGGAAGAAGGCUUCGGUCGAGCCAUUACUAUUGGAGGCGUACAAAGCUCUCACGAAUGUCAUCAUCCGCCAUCUCCACUUCCCCCCUGAUGCGACUACUAUGACGGGUCAAGAAGCAGAUAACUUCCGUUCCUUCAGGCACGUCAUGGGCGAUACGCUGAAAGACUGUUGUCUCGUCUUAGGUGCAGAUGCGUGCCUACUGAACGCGUACGGUCUCGUCACCGUCGCCCUCUCGCGAGGUGGCUCCGUUUCGUGGCAAGAGAUUGAAGCACCGUUGUUCGCUAUGCGUUCAAUGGGUGCCGAGGUAGACCCAUCAGAUGACAACACUGUCCCAAAGAUCAUGGACCUUAUACCAUCACUCCCAAGCCAUCAAAGGGUUCGGUAUGCUGCGUUGCUCAUCAUAUCUCGAUAUACCGAAUGGGUCAAUCGCCACCCCGACUACAUAUCUUUCCAAUUGCAGUAUAUUUCUGCAGGAUUUGAGGAUUCCAAUGACGAUGUGAACGCCGCGGCAGGUCAAGCCCUAAAACAUCUUUGCCAGGACUGUAAGCAGCAUCUUACAGACUUCCUUCCAACCCUGCAUGCGUUUUUGAAAACGACCGGGCGCAAGUUAGCUCAAGACGACAGACUGCAAGUGUAUGAGGCUAUUGCAUAUGUUAUCUCUGCCAUGCCUAUGGAGAAGGCAGCUGAGUCUCUGAAAACAUUCUCCUUGGACAUUUUGUCGCAAAUCCACACGGCCGCUGGCCAGGUCACCUCCCUAAGUAAACAGGAACUUAAGGACAUAGGCCAUGGUUUAGAAAAUCUGGAAGUCAUGUUGCAUGUCGUCGGUCCGUUUGGAGAUCAUUUACCCGCGGCUUGCCAAAACAGUUGCCGAGAGGCUUGGUCUGUUUUCGAUGUCUUUAUUGCCAAGUUUGCCUUUGAUUAUGACACUACGGAACGAACAACUCGUGUACUUCGCCCUGCACUGGCGCUCUUUGGCCGAUCGGCGCUCCCUAUUGCGCCCGCCUUAUUGUCACGGAUGGUCUCGUCUUUUGAGGCGACUGGAUUUUCUGCUUUCUUAUGGAUUGCAGGAAAGAUUGUUGGGAGAUUUGGUCGGGAAUCCGAACCAGCCCUCCAGCGCUCUUUUCAGGAGUUAUUCGAGCGGUCUACGAACAAACUGGUUAGCUUACUGCAAUCGACAGCGGCUAGAGACAUACCAGACGUUUUGGAAGACUACGUGCAAAUGCUUUUGCAACUUGAAGACGUGGUUCCAGAUGUUUUCUACCAGUCCUCUGCAUUUCCACUGGCAUUUCGGGUGUCGAUGGCUACACUUGGCCUUAUCCACUCUGACAUAACUUUUGCAGCGCUGGAUUUGUUCCGAAACAUUGUGACCCACGACUGUUUCUCGUCUGUUCCCCCGAACCCCAAGAAUGGUCUCUACGCCGCUGCUAUCAAAGCGGUGCUAGAGAAAGAGGGCUUUGAUCUUGUUGGCUAUUUAUUAAGUGGUUUGGUUGGCGACUUUCCUGAGGAUUCUGCGUCAUGCGUUAUCUCCAUCCUUCGCUCCCUAUCCACGUUACUUCCCUCCCAGAUCCUGGUGUGGCUGCCGGUGGUUCUGCAGCAAUUACCUGCGACAAGCGCACCAAACGAAGCCAAACAGCAGUUUCUGGUAGAUGUGUCCAACGCAGUUGACACCCGGCAAUUUGAUAAAGUGAAGUACGCAGUUCUUAGUUUUAACCGAGCCUCUAGGAAAGCUCGAGACCGGCGACGUGUAGCACCACUGAAUGAAUAA